AUGUCCUCUGGAAACUCCCAGAGUGCCGAGCUUUUAGGAAGACGGCCCAGUUACUAUUGCUGUAAGAAGGAGGAGUCGGAGUCAGAGGAGGAGGAGCCUGACUUCGCCGUCACGUCUCGUAUGCCGCCGGUGCAUUCAAACCACAACAUCCUGGCGGCCACUGUCCCAACGGCAACCACUCCCAAUGGGCCUGCCCUCUUCACGCCACCGCAGACACGAAAACUGACGCGUUCACAGACGUACUGUCCGUCCUGUACGCAUUACGACCUGCCAUUUUACCUGCAGCAGCCAGACGGCCUGCGAAAUGGCGGCGAACGCAUUAGCUACCGCAGCGUGCAUCAACAGGAUUUGGGGCUGCCCGCUCCACUGCCUGCCCCGUUGCCCACCCCGCUGCCCACCCAGCUGCCGAUGCCGAUGCCGCUACCCAACUACCACAAACUAAACCUCAGCCGCUCGGUCACCAUGAGGGAGAUGUUCACGCGAAGCUGCAGCAUUAGCACUGAUGUGUAGCCAGCCAGAAUUAUAUAAUGCUAAAUGCUAAUGGCUAACUGCAACAACGCAGGCAACAGACUCAAUUCUCACUGAAAGACAUAAUUCAGCAUUUCAUAAAGCUGUAGUGCUUGCCUGCGUAAAAAACAAUGUCAACAAUGUCCUCUGGAAACUCCCAGAGUGCCGAGCUUUUAGGAAGACGGCCCAGUGUGUUUGUUCAUAACUGGAAACUAUAAAGGCAAAAAUGGGGUGAGAGCAAACAUUUGGAGACCCUCUCCCUCCCUCUGCGCAUCUACUUCACUCCUGAAUCCCUUGUUUUGUGUUUUCGGUAAUUGGAAAGAGGAUUCAGAAAAUAAAUCUAAAGUUUUUAUGCUUUCCUUAAAUUUUUUUUCAAAAGACACACCAGUACACAGAAACGCUGACGUCUUGAAUUUUUCAAUAUACGGUCUGAAUUGAAAGUUUUCUAUUGUUCAUGUAGCUCGAGACAUUUAGCUGAAUAAUAACUAAUAUAACCACCGACUUUGUUUUAACAAACCAACACAUAUAAUACAACUUAUGAAAAGCCCUAAGUGGGCUGCAAUAAAACUGUUGGGUCAAAAUGAUGUAAGCGUUUGAUUAUGAGGUAACAUAUGGGAUGAGAGGCAUUAUUUUAUUAAGUUACUGUAUGCGAUUCUAAAUAUUAAUAGAUGUUUUCACAAUUUGCGAACUGUUUGUUCUGUUUUGGAUGUUUAAAUAAUUUGUUCUUCUUUAUUCACAUUUCUCCUAUCUAAAAAGGUACAGGAUUUUGUUUCACCUGCAUUAACGGUAUAAAGAUUUCCACAAACCUGGAUGUGAGAUGGAUAUAAGGGCCAUGGAUUCUUGAUUUCAAGGGCUACAUUUGCUCUUUCUAAACGCUGCUUGUUGGACUAUGAACAGAACAUCUUCUGCCAGAAGGGUUUUUCUCUCUCGCUCUUUCUCUCUGCUGUUCAUGCUUACAGAGGUGACAGUUAGCCUAUUUCCUGCAUUGUUGAUGUGAAAACAAGUGGGGCGUUGCACCAACUUUCUUCUUUUUAAUAAUGACAGUGAUUAUCAAGAAUAUUUGUUCUGUUUCUAGCCUGUUUGACAGUGAUAUUCUUCUCUCGCUAGGUGUGUAGCCGCACACUACAGUCCUGCAGGUGACUGACUUCUGUGAUCACCAUGUGGUUGUGUUGUGAUUUCAGAUUUCUCUCCUAGCUAUUCUUUCUCUCGUCAGAGCCCGUUUAAAUCUCACGCUCUCUCUCAUGUGCGCACA